AUGUCGGGCAGAUUCGCUUUCAGCAAGGGCCUGAAGGAGGUCCGCUUCCUGUUCUGCCAGACGGGCGAGCACAGCGCUGCCACAAGAUCGUUCCUCCUCCGAAACUACCCUACCAUGAAGAAGGACAACCCUGCGACACCGAUUCUGAUCCGAGAUGCGUCUGGCACGCUGCCCAAGGUCUAUGCGAGAUUCGAGUUCGGUAAGGAGAAGAGUCAGUCGUUGGAGGGUCUGUCCGACCAGCAAAUCGAGGAGACAGUAUCAUCCCUCGUCAAGAACAGUUCUUAAGCUGAAAAGAGAGAGGAACCUUGAAGCAUGUCUAUAACACCAAUUUCCUGGAAGCCAUAUAUAACCCGCUGUGAUGGCAUAAUGACACCCGCAACCCCAUCAACGCAACCGAUGGAUUGUCACGAUUGUUGAAUUUGUCGAGAAAACCUCCUGCUUCAGUCGCCAAGG